UUUUGUUGAAAUGUACGUGUGUGAUCUCUUUUUGAUUAUAUUUCUGUUGUAGAAUCUUGUGACAUCUAAUUUAAGAAAUAAGGUUUUUGUUGUAAUAGUUCAACAUAAUAUUGUUACAGAUAUCUAAUGUUAUAAGAAGAUGGGUCGCUACUCUCAUGAACCUGACAAUGCAACUAAGUCGUGUAAAGCAAGAGGAUCUAACCUCAGAGUACAUUUCAAAAACACGCGAGAAUCUGCUAUGGUCCUGAGGCGCAUGACGCUACGGCGCGCAGUUCGCUUCUUGAAGAACGUGAUCGAGCACAAAGAGUGCGUGCCAUUCAGACGCUUCAAUGGUGGUGUUGGCAGGUGUGCGCAGGCCAAAGCGUGGCGCACCACCCAGGGCCGUUGGCCGAAGAAGUCUGCGGAGUUCCUGCUGCAGCUGCUGAAGAACGCAGAGUCGAACGCCGACUACAAGGGGCUCGAUGUGGACCGGCUGGUGAUCGACCACAUCCAGGUGAACCGUGCACCCUGCUUGAGGCGGAGGACAUAUCGUGCGCACGGUCGCAUCAACCCAUACAUGAGUUCUCCGUGUCACAUUGAAGUUAUUCUGACUGAAAAGGAGGAAGUUGUUGCAAAGGCUACAGAGGAAGAGCCUGCUAAGAAGAAGGUUUCAAAGAAGAAACUGGCACGUCAAAAGGAGAAAAUGAUGCGGGAGUAAACUGUUUGAUGUGUUGUAAAAAUAUCAAGAUUUCAAAUAAAAAAAGUAUGGAAAUAUAUAUAA